AUCAUUUCUCCUCUUACAAUUCCUAAGCACCUCAAUAACCCCAAAACCCCCAAAUUCUCAGAUCCAAAAAUUAGGGUUUCUCAAUUCACUUCCCCAAAAUCCAAUCAACACACAAAAUCACACAAUUAAACGUUUCAAUUUCAUAAUGAUACAUUCAAUUUCACAAUUUCAUUUUCACUAAUCCCCCAAAAUGGAAAUCAACCUUCAUCAAACCCUAACUCCCAUUCCAGCCGUUAUUCCGGUCAUAUACGAUCAGAAAUCCGAUUGCCAUGGAGUAUUGUACACUAUGGCUUUAUCAAUUCCGGCUGGAUUAUUUGUAGUUUAUUUAGGGUUCCAUUUGAAAAAAAAUAUUAAAAAAAUAAGUCAUAGAAGAUCACUUGUUAUGAUUUCUUAUUAUCUUCUUUUAUGGGUUUCAGCUGUUCUAAAUCUUGCUUGGUGCUUUCUUCAGGCGUGGCAGUGCACUCCUGGGAAGGAGAUUUCUUGGAAUUUGUUGUCAUUGCUAACAAAAUCUGGAAUACUAUGUCUAGAGAUCAGCUUAAUUGCUUUUCUACUUCAAGAAAACUAUGCAAGUGGGUUGGAAACAUUAGCUCAUACUUUCAUGAUUUCGGGCUUGAUUGUUGGAGCAGAUAUGCUUCUCAAGGCAAUAUUUGUGUUUGGAUUUCAUGUGCCGCUUUUCAUGGAUGCUGAAACUACUCAUAAUGGGAAAUGGGGCAUGUGGACAUUCGAUGAAUUAUUGCUUUCAUGCACUUAUGGGUUUAUUUUGUUUGUGCAUUACUCAAAGUGGAGAGACAAGUUGCCUCCAAGACCGGCUUUCUAUAAUUAUGCUGUUAUCAUGUUCAUUGUCAACGGAGUGGGAUUGUUUGCUUGUGCACUAGCUGCCAGUGGCGUCAGCUUUGGACUUUGGUUGUAUAGUUUCAUUGGCAUCUGCUACCACACUCUCUACCUUCCGUUUCUAUACAUUACUUUUUUGGCAGAUUUUUUCCAGGAGGAAGACUUGCUUUUAGAUAAUGCUUACUACUCUGAGAUGAGAGAUGCUGGGUUUUUUGAUUCAGAUUGGGAAUAAGGUCUCAUAUUGCAUAAAAAUGAUAAGUGACUACUGAGUUUUGGAGGCGAGAUUUCAUAAAGCGAACUCUGUAAAUAAGAUAGAUGUGUAAACAUGUGAGUAGAUCUAGUAAUAUGCUUGAAGCACUUGGAGUGUUAUAUGGCUGGUCAUUUGUCAUUCCAUUCUACGAAAUUGUGGAUAUUGUGUAACACCAACAAAAUUUGACUCUGGGUAGACAUUGACUGAUAUUUGCCAAUGAACAUCUAGGUAUUGUAGUUUUACUCUUCACCAUUUGAACUAUAUGCCAUUUGACUCUAUUCAGGUUGACAAA